GCACAGAAGGAGCAGAAGCAGCAAGAGGAGAGGGCUGCCAAGCGAAUGGCACACGGUAAAGCGGUGCAGCGCCAGAUGAAGGAGUGCCAGGAGCAGCUGGCGCAGGAGCGGGCCGUCUGCUUCGAGGAUGGGAAGCGCCUGCAAAAGGAGAUGCAGAAGCACGCCGAUCGCAUUGCCCAGCUGAAGAGAACGAGGAUGGAGGAGCUCCGAGCCACCGGUCUGCCCGAGAGGUACUGCGUAGGUGUGGAGUACAAGGCCUUGAAGCCAGGCCCCAAGUGCUGAGGGUGUCCAUUCACUGCCCAGCCUGCCCCGGGGGGCUUGCAGGGGGUCGCAUGUGGC